CCUAUUUUGUAAUUUUUUUUUAUAGAAUCUGGAUAAAAUAAUGCAAAAUAAUAUUAAUAUUGAAAAUCAACAUAGUUACCAAUUUCAAAUUGAUAAUUAUAAAUUGAAUUAUGAUUCCAAAAUUGAAAAUAAGGAGAUUUAUAGUGGUCAUCUUAUGAUAAGUGAUGUAAAUGGGUAUGAAUCAGAUGAUGAAGCAUCAUCUAGUUCAACAUCCCAUGGUUCUUUAACAUCAACUGAGAAAAAUAUAGACAACAAUUUAUUACCAAAUACAAAUUACAAAUUCAAAAAUGACCAUAUGCUUGAUUUAAGGCAUUCAAUUGAUAUUUGUGAUUUUAUAGAUAAUAAACCUAUUAAUAUGUCAGAAAAGGUUAAUAUGGGCAAACAUCCAAUUGAAAUUAAAUCAUCUGAUACCUAUAAUUACAAUCCUAAUCCAAAUUAUAAUAUUGGUUCAGAAAAUUUAAGUGAAACAACUUUAAAAUUAUUUGAAAAUAUGACAAAUUCAUGGGAUUCAAAUGACCUAGAAAUCAAUAAUAUGCAAAGCUUCUCUAAUGAAGCACAAUAUAUACAAGGUGAAGGGGCUCAAAAUUUGAAUAUUAAUGAUAAGCACUACAAUGAUUUAAAGAAUAUUUAUGAUAUAAAUAACAAACACAAAUAUUUUAAUAUGAUGAAGAAACAUUCAUUAAAUAAUGUUUUUAUUGAUGCCUCAUUAUCUCGCUUAUUUAAAUGUAUGACACUGGCUUACAAUGAAAAACCAACUUCACCACGGUGGAAUUGGUUUAGAGGAUUGAAACUUCAAUUAAAAGAUAAGCUUAGAUUAAAUAACGUUAUUUGGAGAGCAUGGCAUAUGCAAUUUAUAUUCCACGUAAAACCUCCAGUUUUUCAAUUUGAAGUGACAUUUGAUGAAAAAAUACCUCAAAUAAUAAUACUAGAAGGAAGUUAUUGGAAGAGAAGGCUCGACACAGUUAUAGCUGAAUAUAGAAAGUGGCGGGUGACUAUGCGAGAACGCAUGAUAUUUCAUCACAAACUGGAAUUUACAAAGUGCACGUUUAAACUGGAUCACAAGUUACCAAAUAUAUUAAAAACUUCUAAUAUAAUGCACCAAACCGUAAGUGGCAAGAGGUCUCACAUCUUAACUAAUACCUUAUUGAAAAGACCCUCUAUUCCUCUCCAACUUCAAAACUAUUUUCAUCAAGUCGACGACAUAACAAACAUGAAUUUAAACGUAAAACCAACCCUAGUAGACCAUUGCCGUGCCAAAACAAAUCUGCAAUCUUCAUCCGAAUACUAUAUCCAAAAUGAAAUCAAAGACUUCAUCAAUUUUGGGGAUUACUCGUCUUACCCACUUUCCGAUGAUAUAUUGAAUUCUGAUCUAAGUCUAACCAACUCCCCAUUUAACGUUAACGAUUUUUGUGAUUUUUAUAACGCGUACGAUAUUCAAGAUUUGUGCGAUAAUAAUGAUAUUGGGUCUCUCGGCCUGGAUCAAGAUGUUGGUAAGGAACCGUUUUUGCCUUUACUAGAAGGAAGUAAGCUGUCAGGGAAAGAGAAUCAUUUUUGCACUUCUAGCGGGUCUAUCAGCAACCUUAACAUCAAUCCUAAAAGUAAUAAUAAAAAACUUAAAAAUGACAACGAAUCUCAAUAUCGUAUCAAGCGAAGCGUCAAUAACUCAUCUAACAUCGAUUAUGAUAUCCAGGAAGCUCGAUUCAAUUUCAUAUCUCGGAACUUCAUUCAACCGGGUCUGACUAAAAUUCAUCCCAACUCCGGAUCUUACAUGGACACCCUCGAACCAUUGGCCGAGAUAGUUAAAAGUGCCAAAAGAUCAUAUCAGCACAUUUUGGAAAAUGCUUGCGAUAACAAUAGCGCUAAUUUUGGCUAUAACGAUUUUGACACGCUAAAAGCGGUCAAAAGCGCCGAGAAUAAAGGCUUAAUAGCCUCUAAAUCUCAUUUUACUCCUUAUCACGACGAUAGCUUGCCCAUAAUAUCUGAUCAUUCAAAAUCGAUUAAUUCAUCUACAAUUGAGAGUCAAACCAUAGAAUCGAAUCCCAAAAUUUCUGAUGAAUUUUCUACUUUGUGCUUAAAAAAUGUUUCCUCUUAUUUUUCCCAAGUUUUGAUGCCCCCUCGCAACUCUCCGAUUCCUUCUACAAUUUCUCGUUCUAUUCCUCAUAUCAUGUACACCUCAAAUAUGAAGAACGAUGCUGUAACCAUCUCUAAUCUCAAUCAUGCCAUCGAUGUCGAAAAUUACAACCAUACAUCCUCGACCUUGACCCAGGCUAAUCUUCCAUUUAUGACUUCAGUCGCUACCGGAAAUGUCACAUCACAAACCUUUUCCCCCCAGCAAACUUCGUAUGUCCUUUGUCUUUUGCCUUCCGAUAAAAUAACCUCGACUCUAACCUCAAAUCAAAUUUCUUUCUUGGCACCUACUCCUCUUACGAGUUUCUCUACGUUUAGGGAGGUAUCCGAUGACGAUUCCGGCAUAACUUUGGCAGAAAAUAUGAGCGGAGAGUUAAUUUUGAUCAAUGGAAAUACCUUGCAAGCCAAUCACCGGUUCGCUCAUCAAGCUCCUAUAUUUGUCUUAAAUACGCCAUCAUCUAUAUCGAAUUCGCAACUACAACGAGUCAUGUUGAUGCAAGAUCCCACAAUUACUGCUAACAAACAUAUUUCGAAUUUUGAACGUUCAACUUCGAAUAUCGCCUCUUCGUCUGAUAUAAUCACUUGGUCUUCUCGCCUGAGUCAUUACAGAAAAAUAGCACCUGCUAGUCAAUUAAAUAAACCUUCUUCCUCUUUCAAUUAUAACAAAGAUAGUUUUACUUUUAGCAAUAAUAAUAAAGACCUAAUGAAAACCAAUCUCAUUCACAAUUUCAAACAUUUAAAUCCUCCUUUGGAACAUGAUACCUCGAAUAAUAAAUUCCGACUUUACAAUGAACCACGACAUAAAGUUACGAGUGAAUCGCCUAUAGAUAUUACCGGAAUAGAUAGCUUGCAAAAAAGACGUCGAUUUGGCCACGUCAAUGCCGAACACAAAAGGAGAUGUUGUAUCAAAAGUGGAUUUGAUGCUCUCUUAUCAACUGUACCUUGGUUUUAUCACGGUGCUAACACUAAAGCUAGCAAAGUAGCCAUUUUAAGUCAUACCGCGGAAUACACGAAACAUUUACGACGUAAAAUAACGGAAAGUUACGAAGAAUUAAGUUCACUUAGAAUGCAAAUCGCGGCUCUGAAUCGUGAAAUAGGUCAUUACCAAUCGUGUCUAACUAGUGAUACAGAUAACGGACCAUUAGAUUCAGAUACCAUUUACAAAUCACCGCCCUUAACUUUAGAAUCCUACUUGGCCAACGAAAAGCAAAUUCUCGAAAGAAAUUUCGAGAAAUAUUUGGAAAACAAAUGCACUCAAAAUUGGAAAUUUUACAUAUUUUCCCUCUUUUCCCGCCCUUUUUUCACCGCGUAUAACGACUAUGUUUCUACCUCAUCCAUUCAAGAGCUGUGUUCUUCUGUCACGACAUGGUUGGAUCAAUUUUUUACUUUGCCUAUCAUGCGUCCAGUUGCGUCAAAAAUUUUAGUGGAGCUCAGUACUAAAACAUCGAUAUUGACAUCACCAAACGAAUUCAGUGAUCAAAUAAAAUCAUUAAUAUUGCGCUCUUACACCAAUUCAUAAAUUUUACAUGUAGUAUUAAAAAUUAUAUUUUUCUCAGUUGAUUUU